AAUGGAAUAGCUAGCAUUUUUGAAUCAUUGUUGUGAGCGAGUUUUAAUUACGUGUUAGUAUGUGGUUUUGUUGUGUAAAUUUAUCAAUCGUGUUUGUGUUCUGUGGAUGGGAGCGUUACUUCGUUUUGGUCCCUUUUGUAUAAACAAUAUAUCAGAUUAAAGGUGAUAAUGUGUACUUUCAUGUGGUUAUUAAAAUUUUUGCUAAUUUUUGCGAAUGAUGGAAAUAAUGUAUAUUUUCAAAAUCGAUUAACCUCAAAAAUAAAGACAUUUUUAAUGUAUGGCUACAAAAUAAGAAAAAUAAAGAUGUAGCAGAGAAUUGGAUUAUCCAUGAAAUAAAUAAAAAUAUAGAUGAAAAAGAAUUGGAAGCGUUUAAAAAGAAAAUUGAGAAUCUUCGUUCAUUCAUAAAUCGAAAAUGGAUCAAAUACCAAAGGUCAUUAACUCGUUUUAAGCAAUAUAAUAAUGAAUGGCUAGAGGGUGAGACAAAUUUCAUAAUUGGCCGCAAAUGUAAAAGAGGAAGACCACAACUUAUUUAUAGUGAGGCGAGUGAUCGUUUGAAGAGAAAACUUGCCUCAGAUGUGACUUCGGAGUAACAAAAUGACCCUAAUGCAGCACGAUCUGCAAAUGAACCUGAUUUAAGAUUUGUGUUGAAACAGUCGCUUAAAUCUCCGACAAGGCCAUCGAAAAUUAAGAAAAUUAUUGUUUCUACAACGAAAAGUCUAAUUGCGUUAUCUGCAGAAGAAGCUUUAGUGUUUUUAUUAGAGAAUAACUUGAGCAAGCAACAGUAUGUAAACAUGCGAUUACUGAACAAAGCUCGUAAUUGUGACAUAUACCCUGCGUACCAUAAGUUAAUUGAAUGCAAGCUUCACUGCCGGCCAGAGGAGAUAACGAAUUGUGAAACUUACGUAGAAGUUCCUUUACAAAAACUGGUAGACCACACUGCCAAAAGAAUUUUAUUGCUACAAAAAGAAGUUAUUGAACAACUCUCAGAUAUAAAUGAAGCUACAUUGAUAUUUAGCUACGGUUUCGAUGGUUCAACAGGACAGAGUAUGUUCAAACAGAUGUUUAACGAAAACACGCCUGAGUCUUUUGAUCAGUCCCUCUUUGUAACCUCAAUUAUACCUCUUAAAUUAAUAUCAUUUUCGAAUCGGAUCAUUUGGCUUAACCGCACCCCUCAAUCCAUACGGUUUUGCAGACCAAUUAAAGCUGAGUACGUUAAAGAAACUAAAGAACAUAUUUUAGCUGAAAAAAACUAAUUAGAUCUGCAAAUAUCUAGUUUAGCGCCGUUAAAAUGGGAUUUGGAGGAUGGUACGGAAAUUAUCAUUAGGUAUGAUUUAAAUAUGACAUUGAUAGAUGGCAAGGUUUUGAACAUAUUAACCGGAGCAAAUUCUACUCAAUCUUGUCCUAUUUGUGGUGCAAGUCCGAAACAAUUUAUGUCUAUAAGAGAUCUAAAAUCUCCUGUUUUUGAACCAAAACCAAGCACUUUAAAGUACGGCGUCAGUCCAUUACAUGUUUGGAUACGAUUUCUGGAAGUAAGGAGUCCGGAAGAAAAAAAUACCAUUAAGCAAAGAAAACAGGAAAUUCAGAAAAAUUUUUGGGAGAAAAUGGGAUUGCAUAUUAACAAACCUAAGUCAAAUGGAUGUGGCUCAACAAACGACGAGAAUAUCGCUAACUUAGAACUAUUUGCAUCAAUUACUAAUAUUGACAUUGAUCUAUUGAGACAUUUUCAUAUAAUACUGGUGUCGAUUUCGUGCGAAUUUCGCAUUAAUUUUAAAAAGUUCAAUGAUUUCUGUAUAGAUACUGCCGAUUUAUAUUUCAAUAAGUACGAUUGGUACCCAAUGUCGGCAACAGUCCACAAGAUUUUAGUUCAUUCGGCACAAAUAAUGGAGGCGUCUUUAGUACCAAUUGGCUGCCUAGGCGAAAAUGCAUCAGAAGCAAGAAAUAAGUUUUUCAAAAAAGAUCGUAUUGCUCAUGCGAGGAAAAAUUCACGAAGUAACAAUAUUGUCGAUGUGUUUAAUAGAGCUAUGGAUUCUUCUGACCCUUUGUUAUCAAGUAUCUGCUUAAAUAAUCGUACUAAAAAUAAAUUAAUCCGAAGAGUCCCACAUAAAGUUACUGAACUUUUAGAGUUGCCUGCUGUUCCAGACAAUUUAGACGUGGCUUCUACGUCCCGUCAUGAAGAUGAUGAUGAAAAUUGUAGUUCGGACGACGAUAUAGGGAUGCUCUCUGAAUAUUCUUUUGAGUUAGAAGUUGAUAUUGAACAGGAUUUGGAAUAAUGUAUGGUUAUAUUGUAAUGCAUUUAAAAAAUUAUCUCACAUGCCUGUUAUUAAUGUUCUUCCUUAGACAAAUUUGUAGCUGUCGGGAAAUCCGGUUGUGUUUGCCCGAAAUGCACUCACUAAUAAACGUAAACAUUUAAAAACAUAAACUUUUUUACUUUAUACUCUCCAUUUUUGCAUAAAAUAAAUUCAUUUUUAUAAACAAUUUAAACGUUUGCAUAUUACAGAAUUUUUAAUAUUUUACAUCUACGAGGGGUAGGAGUGGCAGUACUCCGACUGCCCUCAUUUUUACAAAAGUCUAUGAAAUUUUUAUUUAGUUGUAAUUUUUUUUUGGUCCGCUAGU